UCACUUCCUGCCAGCAACUCAGCUGGUUAGCUUAGCGUUAGCAUCUCGAAAGUUCCCAGCGGUGUGUGACGCCAUGGCCUGAAGGAGCCGCGGACGACCACAACAAGAGGUGAGGACGCGUCUCCACGUCUCCACCGCACCGCUCCUCCGACACGAGGGACCGGGGAGGGGGACAACGCCCCCCGGGGGGGUAAAGUUAGCCGCUUUAUGUCCACGUUAGCCGGGCAGCCAUUCAUUGACGUGCUGUCACCCGUCGGAGCAGGUUGGACUCAGCUCUUUUAAAACAAGCCAAUUAACCCAAUUAACCAGAUUAACUACCCGUCGUCAGGCUCAACGAGCAGCAGCAGCUGUCACCGCUUAACUAGUCCUGACACGGCUAACCUGAGCAGCUAACUAGCUGUGUAGCUGCGGUUAGCUCCAGCUGAACACACCUCUGCAGGUACCUGGGGGGGUGCAGCUGUUUAAAAGGCCUCGAAGAAUUUAGAAAGACUCAAAUAUAAAUAAGAUCAUAAAGAUUUGAUAAAGAAGUGAGACGUCAUUCAAACCCUGUGUCCGGAUUCAGAUGCAGUUUCUCAGGUUGUUACAACGUGUGAGUCAAAGUGUUGUUCUUCAUAUUUAGAUAAUAAUGAGGAUGAUGAGGUAGAAUUAUAAAAACUUUCCUAAAGAGAAAUGACUGUUAAACGUCUUAAAGUCAUUUACUGCUGGUUCCUGGUGUGAGCAGCUGAAAUAUGAAUAAGAUCAUAAGUUUGAGAUUUAUUAAAGUGAGACUUCAUUCAAACUCAGAGACUGGAUUCAGAUGCAGUUUCUCAUGUGCCAGGAUAAUGAGGAUAAUGAGGAUAAUGAGGUAAAGUGAUCAAACUUUCCUCGAGAGAAGUUGCUGUAAAACGUCUUAAAGUCAUUUCCUAACUUGUGUUGUAGAGAGUUAGUUGAUUGAUGGAUGAGGUGAUUGACAGACAUCUAAUCAGCAUCCAUGUGAAUCUUCAUCUGUUAUUUAGUCAAUUUUCUUAUAAAUAUCCCCAAGACUCCACGGCUCCUGAUUCCACCGACCUGCAUUAUAACGAGGUACUGAAGCUCGCUGUGUUUCUGAUUGAAAAUACUUUGCUGAUCCAGUUUAAAACUAUGUACCUAUAACUGAAUUACCUGUUUUACAGAGGUUACAUGUAUUUAGAAUUUUGUCAAAAUGAUUUAUUAGAUAAAACCCAGAGAAGUGAAGUCAUGGCCUGCGCCCGAGUGCCACUGGAUGAGCAGCAGGUGACCGUGCCUGGGCCGCUGGGGAGGGAGCGCUCGCUGCCUGCACUGCACCCGGAGAGGAAGGAGGAGCGCUGCUUUGUGCCUUACAAGCCUCCGCCAGAGGACGGCUCUCCCGCGGUGGUGGAGGAGUUUCUGGAAUAUGCCAGGUUUAUCAUAGAGGAUCUGGAGUGGCUGCUCGCUCUGCCCCACGACAAGUUCUGGUGCCAGGUGGUGUUCGAUGAGUCCCUGCAGUCGUGCUUGGACUCGUACCUGCAUCACGCUCCCCGGAGCCUCGACCUCGCCGCCCUGCCCUCCUCCCCGGCGGUGGCCGAGAUGCAGCGCUCCGUCCACAAGGUCGUCUUCUUGACCUUCCUGAGGAUGGCGACGCACAAAGAGUCUAAGGAGAGUUUCCUCACCCCGUCAGUGUUUGGAGAAAUCAUCUAUGAAAACUUCCUCUUUGACAUUCCCAAAAUCUUGGAUCUGUGUGUGCUCUUUGGAAAAGGCAACAGCCAGCUUCUGCACAAGAUGAUCGACAACAUCUUCACUCAGCAGCCGUCUUACUACAGUGACCUGGAUGAGACCGUUCCCACCGUGUUACAGGUGUUUGACUCGGUCCUGGAAAAGUGUGGUCUUCACUGUGAAGGAGCCACGGCCAUGGAGCCGAUGAAGCUGAACGCACACAAGCAGCCCACGGCCAUGACCAUGAGCCCGCAGGAUCUUGUAGAUAUACUUUUGUACCUGUGUGACUCCACCACCACCAUCCAUGCCUUCCUGGACAUCUUCCCUGCUGCCUGCGCCAUCUUCUACUCCAACGGCUUCCUCAGCAGACUGACCUCGUUUUAUGAGACCGUUGUGCCUGAUCUGGAGAAUGCGGUGAAGAAGAGGAACUUUGAUGAUAAAGGGCUUCAGGACGACUUGUGGAAGAGGUUGUCCCACUCCUGUCGCAAGAUGGUGGAGAUGGCUCACCUGCUGCUGCACCACACCUGCCUGCAACCCAUCCUGGAGGGGAGAGAAAACAUGCAAACGUUUGCAGAGGAUCUUCUACAACAUUUCACGUCUUUUUUACCUGAAAAAAGGUUCUUGUCGGACUACGAUGAGCAGUUUCCCAUCUCAGACGACAUCAGCCUCCUGCACCAGGCCGUCCCCGUCAUCGAUGAGACCAGGACGUCCUACCUGCUCCAGGGGGUGGAAAGUGCCUGGGAGAGCGUCGGGCGGCGGAAACCCCCGAGCCAGAUUCAGCCUAAAGCCAAUCAGGGAGCUGCUGCCGCCUCCUCAGCCGGUUUUAAUCCUCAGAAUCAGGUCCGAGAACCAGGAGAGGGGAGUGCGAGGGGAGCAGAGGCCAUGUUGGAUGCUCCCCGAAAAGAAAACGGUGUGGUGUGUCCGCUGAGCGAGGGCGAGCUGGAGUCCCUGCUGUCGUGCAUCAGUGACCUGCUGCCGGACUUGGGCGAAGGCUUCCUGCUGGCGUGUCUGGAGGCGUACGACUACAACUCUGAGCUCGUCAUCAACAACAUCCUGGAGGAUCGUUUGACUCCGGGUCUGGACAAACUGGACCGAGCUCUGUCAAGGCCUGUGAAGGAGGAGAUUCCAAAUGUUCUGAGCGACAGAUCCAACGUGUUUGAUGACGAUGAGUUUGACGUCUUCCGCAGGGACCAGGUGGACAUGUCCCGCAUCUGGAAGGGCAGGAGGAAAGGGGAGGACCCUCGAGAGAUGCUGAACGACAAGCGGCACAUCGAGGAGCAGCGGGCUCGGUAUCAGACCUACGAGACCGUGGUGGACGAGGUCGUCAUCGAACCCGGUCAAACCGCCGCCGACUACGGCCUCGACGACUACGAUGACGAGUACGACGACACGUACGACAUGAACCAGAUUGGAGCGAAUGACCUGGACAGAGACAGUGUGCUGAACCGAAGACCGUUCACAAUCCCACAGAUUUUGAGAAGAGCAAACAAACCAGAGGAAGAGGAGGAGGGUGAAGAUGAAGAGGAGGGAGAGCCUUUACAGAACAACGUGAACAGGGACCAGUUUGUGCAGGACCCGGCUCUGCUGAGGGAGAGAGCGGAAGCCAGAAGAGCCGCGAUGCACCAAAGACGAGGUUUCCGACCGGAGCGAACCAGCAACGUCGUCGGCCAACCCAAAGGCCAAGGACAAAGCACGGACACAUUCCUGGACCGACGCAAGAAGGAGGCCAACAAGACCCGCGUGGGCAACCACAACCGACGCAGCAUGGCCGACCGCAAGAGGAACAAGGGCAUGAUCCCGUCCUGACCCGGGUGACGGCUGCUGCUCGACCCGACCGGACCGAUGGUGGAUGAAAAGGUGUGACAGAGACAAACGGAAAUAAUCCGGUUCUGGUUCGACGGACUCUCGAUGGCGCUCCGGUCCCGAAGUGAAGCUGCUGAAGGUUUUCAGUCGCUGGAGACAAAGUGUAAUUAUUUGACUUUCUCAGCAGCUCGUUGACUGAGACGCUGAUCAUCUGCUUUUCUUUUUCUAGCUCAUCAAUAACCAAAGUUCUGAGGACAAAGAACGAGAGCUUUAUUUUUGCCAAGUAACAAAUCAGUUUAUUAUUAAGAUCCAUAGUGAUUUGAGAGAAGUUUCUUUGACAUCAUCAUCAUCAUCGAGAAGACAACAUAGGAAAAUAACAAAGGACGAGACAUUCGGGGUUUUACAGAGACUGCAGUUGUGUCUGUAGCUGGAAGAACAAUCACUGACCUGGUGUUUAAAGUCUGGACAUCGACGCCUGUCCCUGUUGUGCAGCCUUCACCCAACGACGCGUCUCUACGAGCGCCUGCUUACGAUGCUGCUGUGUUUGUGUUUGGAAGCACGCGCUGCCCGGUGGCGCCUCGUGUCUCACACUCGCUGCCAUGCUCAGACUAUUUUCUACCACGAGAACGGAUCUAUCAUUUUGCAUUUUCUAACAAAGAAAGCACACGUUAUUUGCUUUUUGGAGUUGACGUCGCAAAAAUAACAAAAUACGAUAAUACUAUGUUUUCAACAGACUUCGGACUUUGACUCGUCUUUCGUGAGAAGCAAAAACACUUUUUUGAGUUGUUGCUUUUAGCAGAACAUGAGGGGGUUGUUGCAGUUUGGCCUGAAAUGAUCAUCAGUGAUUUAUCUUCAUCCUUCAACCACCUUUGGCAAGUAAACUAUUUUGUUGAGCUGCAAAAUUGUGAAUAAAUAGUUUCCAUAAAUCCUCCAA